GCGACUUGCCCAUGCCGCCCCCCUCUCCGCCUCCCUCCCCGUCCGUCCCGUGGGAAAUCACGCGGAGCGCCCCUCGCCUCGAUCCGACCGGGAAAUAGGCACGCGGCAGCCGCCGCGCCCCGUUCGGGCGCCGGCGCGAGCGACUUGCCGGCUCAGAUAAUAGACUCGGCGUGUGGAUCUUGGAGGUUUGAUCUGAUUGAUUUGCAUUGGAGUGUCCGCAUUCAGUCGGUACUAUUGGGUUCUGUGGCUGCUAUGUGCACCUUGUGCAUCUGGAGAUCCCUGCUAGUUCAAGGAAGGUGAUGUUGGAUGGUGCUUAGGGAUUGUGAGAACGUACGGGUUCGAAGAAGUGUCUGACUGCAAUGAGGGUCAAUUUUGGGCUCCUCAUGCCCGUGAUGGCGCAAGCGCAAUACUCCGCGCCCACAUGGGCUACAUUGGUUGCUGGAUUCUUCGUGCUGCUUUCGCUUUCCCUCUCCAUGUACCUGAUAUUUGAGCAUCUCUCGGCAUACAACAACGCGGAGGAACAAAAAUUUGUACUGGGUGUUAUCCUGAUGGUCCCUUGCUAUGCAAUUGAGUCGUAUGUUUCUUUGAUAAAUCCAAAUACAAGUGUUUUCUGUGGCAUCAUGCGCGAUGGUUAUGAAGCAUUUGCUAUGUACUGCUUUGGAAGAUAUAUUACUGCAUGUUUAGGUGGGGAAGAUAAAACAAUAGCUUUUUUGAAGAGGGAAGGUGGCUCAGGUUCUGGGCAACCCCUUUUGCAUCAUGCCUCUGAAAAGGGAAUCAUACACCAUCAUUUUCCCGUAAAUUUUCUAUUGAAACCCUGGAGAGUUGGGACACGGUUUUACCAGAUUAUCAAAUUUGGAAUCUUCCAAUAUGUGAUCAUAAAGACCCUCACAGCUAGCUUAUCUCUUCUUCUAGAACCUUUUGGUGUGUAUUGUGAUGGAGAAUUCAAUUUACGAUGUGGGUACCCUUACUUUGCUGCAGUCCUGAACUUUAGUCAAUAUUGGGCCCUGUACUGCCUAGUAGCAUGGUACACUGCUACCAAGGACGAAUUGGCACAUAUAAAGCCUCUGGCUAAGUUUCUAUCUUUCAAAUCUAUAGUAUUCUUGACUUGGUGGCAAGGUGUGGUGAUUGCAAUAAUGUAUGCGCUGGGCCUGCUUAGAAGUCCUUUAGCCCAGAGCUUGGAGUUAAAAUCUAGUAUCCAAGAUUUCAUUAUUUGCAUAGAGAUGGGCAUUGCUUCAGUUGCUCACCUCUAUGUGUUCCCAGCCAAGCCCUAUGAACACUUAGCUAAUCAGUCACCUGGAAACAUUUCUGUACUUGGGGAUUAUGUAUCUUCUGACCCUGUGGACCCUUAUGAAAUUAAGGAAAGCAACCGGCCUACCAAAAUGAAGCUUCCACAGUUGGAACCAGAUGAGAGAAGCGCAACAAGCAUAAAAGAGAGUGUUCGGGACUUUGUUGUCGGCAGCGGAGAAUAUGUGAUCAAGGAUUUCAAGUUCACUGUUAACCAAGCAGUAAGGCCAGUGGAGAAGCGCUUUGAUAAAUUGAUGAAAAAGAAUGAUAAGCAUAAGAAAAGCCAGGAUGACAACUGGGUGAGUGCAGCAACACCAGAGAGACCAGUUCGUGGGAUUGAUGAUCCAUUGUUAAGUGGGAGCGCAAGUGACAGUGGUGUCACGAAGGGCAAAAAACAUCGCAGAGUUGUAAGCUCAGCUGCUGCUGCUGCUGUGGACAGCUGGGGUGGUGGUGAUCAGGCAUCUGAUGGAUACGAGAUUAGGGGUCGCCGCUGGGCGGUAAAGAACUAGUGAUUCUACUUUUCAGGACUGGUAAAUUUCUAAUGAUACCACGUGAAAAACCAGUGACCUUUUGUCGGAAAACUUGCCGGCAACGGUUCCUGCAAUAUUGGCCAUUUUUUUUAGCCUACGCAAGUUCUGGUUGUGCUGCGUAGAUAGCUGAAGCCCCUGAUAGGCAGUCUCUGACUCUCUGUGCAUAGCUUGUUAUUUUUUUCUUUUAUACUUUUGCCAAGUCGCGUUGAUAUUUGGUACAAGGACUUGACAGUUACAAAAUUUGAGAAGGAACUCUUUCCUUAAAUUGGAAUCUCCUCUUCGUGUGUCCA